CCUUGGCGUAAGGAGGGGCGUAGCGCGUUCCCGCCAUUGGCGGCGGUUAGGGCGUUUACGCAACGGCCUGACGUAGAGGAAGACGCGUUAGUCGGGGGGAAGGUUCUAGAAAAGCGGCGGCAGCGGCUCUAGCGGCAGUAGCAGCUGCGCCGGGUCCCGGGUGGAAGGUGCUCCUCGCGGCGGUCCUUUCUCGAGCAGCGGCAGUUCUCACCCCAGCGCCAGGACGAGUCCGGUUCGUGUCCGUCCGCGGAGAUCUCUCUCAUCUCGCUCGGCUGCGGGAAAUCGGGCUGAAGCGACUGAGUCCGCGAUGGAGAAAACUUUAGAAACUGUUCCUUUGGAGAGGAAAAAGAGAGAAAAGGAACAGUUUCGUAAACUCUUUAUUGGUGGCUUGAGCUUUGAAACAACAGAAGAAAGUUUGAGGAAUUACUACGAGCAAUGGGGCAAACUUACAGAUUGUGUGGUUAUGAGAGAUCCAGCAAGCAAAAGAUCAAGAGGAUUUGGUUUUGUAACUUUUUCAUCCAUGGCUGAGGUUGAUGCUGCCAUGGCUGCAAGACCUCACUCAAUUGAUGGAAGAGUGGUUGAGCCAAAACGUGCUGUUGCAAGAGAGGAAUCUGGAAAACCAGGGGCUCAUGUUACUGUGAAGAAGCUGUUCGUUGGUGGGAUUAAAGAAGAUACCGAGGAACAUCAUCUUAGAGAUUACUUUGAGGAAUAUGGGAAAAUCGAUACUAUUGAAAUAAUUACGGAUAGGCAGUCUGGAAAGAAAAGAGGCUUUGGAUUUGUUACUUUUGAUGACCAUGAUCCUGUGGAUAAGAUUGUAUUACAGAAAUACCAUACCAUUAACGGUCAUAAUGCAGAAGUAAGAAAGGCUUUGUCUAGACAAGAAAUGCAGGAAGUCCAAAGUUCUAGAAGUGGAAGAGGAGGCAACUUUGGCUUUGGGGAUUCUCGUGGUGGUGGUGGAAAUUUCGGACCAGGACCUGGAAGUAAUUUCAGAGGAGGAUCUGAUGGAUAUGGAAGUGGUCGUGGAUUCGGGGAUGGCUAUAAUGGGUAUGGAGGAGGACCUGGAGGUGGCAAUUUUGGAGGUAGCCCUGGUUAUGGAGGAGGAAGAGGAGGAUAUGGUGGUGGAGGACCUGGAUAUGGCAACCAGGGUGGGGGCUACGGAGGUGGUUAUGACAACUAUGGAGGAGGAAAUUAUGGAAGUGGAAAUUAUAAUGAUUUUGGGAAUUAUAACCAACAACCUUCUAACUAUGGUCCAAUGAAGAGUGGAAACUUUGGUGGUAGCAGGAAUAUGGGGGGACCAUAUGGUGGAGGAAACUAUGGUCCAGGAGGCAGUGGAGGAAGUGGGGGUUAUGGAGGGAGAAGCAGAUAUUGAGCUUCUUCCCAUUGCCAUGGGCUUCACUGUAUAAAUAGGAGAGGAUGAGAGCCCAGAGGUAACAGAACAGCUUCAGGUUAUCGAAAUAACAAUGUUAAGGAAACUCUUAUCUCAGUCAUGCAUAAAUAUGCAGUGAUAUGGCAGAAGACACCAGAGCAGAUGCAGAGAGCCAUUUUGUGAAUGGAUUGGAUUAUUUAAUAACAUUACCUUACGGUGGAGGAAGGAUUGUAAAAAAAUGCCUUUGAGACAGUUUCUUAGCUUUUUAAUUGUUGUUUCUUUCUAGUGGUCUUUGUAAGAGUGUAGAAGCAUUCCUUCUUUGAUAAUGUUAAAUUUGUAAGUUUCAGGUGACAUGUGAAACCUUUUUUAAGAUUUUUCUCAAAGUUUUGAAAAGCUAUUAGCCAGGAUCAUGGUGUAAUAAGACAUAACGUUUUUUCCUUUAAAAAAUUUAAGUGCGUGUGUAGAGUUAAGAAGCUGUUGUACAUUUAUGAUUUAAUAAAAUAAUUCUAAAGGAAAUUGUGUAAUUAUAGACUUUUUAUUUUAAAUAAGUUAAGGAGUGGGUAGUAUAAUUAAGGUCCAUUGCAAAGUUGUUGUUGAUAUUUGUGUAAGAUAAAUGCUGGUCAGAUAUAAGUGUGUUGCCUGCAAUUCAUCAGGAUUAAAUUAUCUAGAUAACUAAAGGGAUAUCUCUGCAAGGAGAAACACCUUUUUAGAUCUUUUAGAUGCUGCUUCUUCAAUGCAAGGAAAGGAAAUAACCCCAGCGAGGUACUCUUCAGGGAUACAGGUCUAGUACAAGAGAACUCUUGACGGCUACUAAGUACAGCCAGUCUUAAGAAACUGAGCUGUUUCUACAAAGCUUUAACUACAGUAGUUUAUAAGGAUGCCAACGAAAGCUGAGGGUGUAGAGCAAAAUAGUUCUAAGCUUCAGUUAAACUUCUUUAGCAUUGCUAUGAACCAUGGACAAGUAUAUUCUGCUGCCACAAAGACUGUAACAAGUGCUUCAUUUCAACAGCUGAGGCAAGCCAAGUGAUCAUUAAUAAAGCUUUUCUUGGUUCCUUCAGUGGUGUUGGUAGCAAAAUGGAAGGUGUCUUGCUGCAGGUAACUAAUGAAGAAGUUGUCAACCACAGAAUCUUCAAGAAAUAAGAAAUUCUAUACCAUCUGAAAGUAGUUCUUGUUGGUGCCUUCCUUUUUAAAAGCACUUUUAAGAUUAAAGGGAAAUGUUUCUGGUUUUAAAAACUUCAUUUAGUACAGGUUUUUAAUAUAAAACAAUUACAAAUUAAGUGUAAGACUAACAUCAGAUCAGCUAGAAGCUCAGUAUAUGUCAUGUUUUUAGGUUUGUGAGUAGAUAAAUUCUAUUUUAAAUACAAAGUUUAUAAAAUAAAUAAUUUUGUAUCCAAAUACUUUGUGUAAUGUUUACACAUAAAAUGUGAAUCUUGUUAUAUAAACAGUUGUCUGAAGGAUUGCAAUCCCCUAGAUUUUGAAAGCAGUUUAACAAAACUAUGCAUAUUGCCUUUUUUUUUUUUGGUAUUAAUAGAUAAAUGAGUAAAAAGCAUUGGACGUUAUUGGCUGUCCCUAAUAAAAUGCCAUUCUUUAUACAUGUA